ACAGUAGUGUCAUAUAAGCCAUGAUUUGUUUUUUUUUUCAUUAUUAAAAAUGGUCAAUAAUUAAUUUGUUUUCUUAUUAGAAUAUGUUGGCGCAUUUAUUAACAAAUUAAUCGAUACAUCGUCGGGAAUGUUAUCGGCGCAUGCCUCUUAUCGGUAUUUUGGAAACGUCAAAAGUAUCGGUAGAAGUUCCCCUAAAUGGAUGUGACGCUGGAGAAGAAAUUGCAGGGAUUUCAACUGGUGGCACAGGAAAAGUUGCAGGCAAUACUAUGCUCCAUACCGGGCAAAAAGGAGCUCAUCUUAGAGCCCGAGCUGAUCAAGCCGCUCGAACAUGUAUGCACCGCCUCCUGGUUGAAAUUGAAGGGCAUUCAACGUAUCUACAAACUGGAUACAAAACAAAGACUGCAUCGAGAUGACGACCAGGUGCACAUCUACAUGAUACGCAGUCUGCUGGGCACUUUACAGACGCUGCUGCGUCAACUGCAACCCCUUACCCUAGCCACGCCCACUGAGUCACCCGAUCUAGCGCUGCGCAUGGUUCACAUCAUUUGCGUGCCCAGCUGCUAUGCGUAUUUUCAUGCGUUGCUCGAACAGGCCGGCCUCUGGGGUCUCGUCCAGCUGCAUCAUUACAACUGGGACUUCAUAUACCUCGAUCAGGGCGUGCUGAGUCUGGAGCUGCCAAAUCUCUACGAAUGCCUAUAUUUGCAAGGGAAUACCUCGGCGCUGCCUUCUGUGGCGCAGAGUCUGCGACUACUGCAAAUGAUUUGUGGCAAGCCAAUGCUUACCCUCACCUUUGGCAGCCAUGCGGGACAGCUAGUGCAGCUGAUGCAGUCGCUGGGAACAGUGCCAGAGCCGACAAAUCCGGCUGACUUUGGUGCCUGGCUGAUUAUUGACAGGGACAAGGAUUAUGCGUCGUCAUUGCUGACGCCCGCCAUUUAUGCUGGCCUGCUGCUGGAGGUGUUCCAGCUGCGUGCUGGGGAAAUUGUGAUUGAUAAUGCCAACAAUAAGAUACGCAGCCAGAAGCUGCAGCUGCUCCAAGGCAAAAGCGAUCUGAAGCCAAACACUGGCAAGCUGAACAGCAUUCGCCUGAAUUCCGCCUGUGAUGAGAUCUACGGUGAUAAUCGUUACAAGCACUUCGCCCAGGCAAGCAGUUUGGUGCGUGCGCAGGUGAAAUCCCUGAGCCUGGAGCUGCAGAAGCUCAACGACAUGCAACUGGAGGAGAUGCACGACUAUGUCGCACGCAAGCUGCCCAAGUUGACGGAGCUAAAGGCCAAAGUGUUGCGACAUAUAAAUGCCUCCGAGAUUGUCAUCCAAAUGUUGGGCAACUUUCGCCGCCUGCAAACGCUCGAGGAGGACAUCCUCAACAAUGUUUCACGCAAGCGCCUUCUCACCGAGAUCGAUGAGCUGCUGACCACAGAUGGCCAGCGUUAUAAUACGCUGCGUCUGCUCUGCUUGCUGCAUCUGUGCGCCGGCGUUGCACCCGAGGAGCUGCAGAGUUUAGCACGCAACUAUUGCAACAUGUUUGGCCACCGGGAACUGUGCGUCUUUCAGCAGCUGGCACAGGCGGGCCUGUUGCCGGUGCUGCUGCCCGAGCGCAAGACGUCCGCCAAACUCCUCUCCAAUCUGCCGCUGCCCAAGUUCCAGCAAACCGAAUUUCAGGCCAACGCCAAUCGCCUAAAAUUGCUGACAUCUUGUGCGGACGCUGAUCAGCCAGCACCAUCCACAUCCGCUGCUGCGGCUGCUGCUACCGGACAUGCUGCCAAGCAAUCGUGUCCCAGCUUUGUGUUCAAUGGCACGUACAUCCCGCUGGCGGCGCAGCUGUGCUCGAUACUCCUCAAUGCCAACAGUGCCGAGCAGUUGGCCAACAAGCUGGCCAUGAUCGAUGGACUGCAGCUGCACGAGGCAGGCGGACAACCGAGCACGCCCAAAUCCUUUGCUACCCAACUGAAAACACCUGACAUCCUUCCGCUGCGUCUGCGCAACUUGUUUGUGUUUGUUGUUGGCGGCGCCAACUAUGCGGAAAUAGCUGCCUGUGAUCUUGUGGCCAGGCUGACGGGCACCCAAAUAACUGUUGCCUCGGAUGCAUUGCUUGCGGGCAGUGAUCUAAUCGCAGCUGCCUUCAAUAACUAGUGCUAUUACUAUUUGACAGUUUAUAUGUUUAUAUUUUUGUAAUAAAACGUUGCAAUUUGAAA